AUGGUGGCCUUCGUUGGAGCGGUCAUCUGCAUCAUUGCCGUGGUCCAUUCCGGCUCCGCAGCCGAAUCUCCCCAGCAACCCGUGGCAGACAACCAGUCGCAGUCUCCGGACGCUGGAGUGCAGCAGACUUUCCCCGGGGGCUCCGUGGCGCGAGCGGGUCCACUGGGCGCUCUCCAUGGUUCUGAAACGCAGGACGGAGAAGCGCCCACCUUCUUCCACGUCCCCAGCGGCUCAGACGGCAUUGGUGGAACUAGGCAGGUUAGCCGACUUAUCUGCACCCCAGUCCCCGCCGGGGAAUGCAACCCAAAAAACUUUCCGCAACAAGCGGACGACCCGUCGCUGUACGCCGGCGAGGACUGGGGAUACCUCCGUACCACGGCAGAGGAACUCAAACAGACAGUGCUCCAGCAGAAGGACCAGAUUAUCAUCGACCAGCGGACCAUUAGGGAUCUGUCAGGCAAGCUUUCGGAGUGUGAGAGCGGAAUAGAGAGGCGUAGCGGCCCGGAGAGUAGCGCGGGGCUCUGGGGAGGUAAAAGGGUAGAUGAGGGCCGGCUCAUGGUCCGGGACAUUGCUCCGUCGUCGACUGUUGCACAGCUGCUCACUGCUCAAGCUGUGGACGAGCUGGAACAGGCUAUCGUUCAGAUGAAAGAUCGCAUAGAGAAACUGGAGGUAAGGGGAAAUGGGAGAAACAUGUAUCAUGUCUGUUGGUGUUGAAUUCCACUAUCACAUAUCUUUAUUUUAAACAAACUGUUCUUGUAUCUUUAAAUAAAGCAGUGAAUAGGUUAAUUAUGUCCCUCUUGUGGGUUCGAGCCGAUGUGGUGAUUACAGAGUCAGUUGACCUGCUUGGCAGACCUCGAUAGCACUCACUAAAUCUGAAUUUCUACUCACGUCUCUGAUGGCAGUAUGUCGGUGUGGCUACGUGGUUUUACUGUUUGAUUGAGACCAUUUCCAGUUAAUAGAAAUCAGGAACAGGAUUAGAUCAGGUGAGAUGACCAUUCAUAAUAGACCUACAGGUAACUGCCAAAAUAAAUGAAACACCAACAUAAAGUGUUGGGCCAUCACAAGCCAAUGGGUUGAGAUCUGGUGACACACACACACACACACACACACUUUAAACUUCCUAUGCUCCUUUGAGACCCCUCUUUCAAAGUCACUGAGAUCUGUUUUUCUAGCCAUGGUUAAAAUAAUGGUUAGUACUAUCCGGGAUCCUUGGGACAUCCCUACCCUAAAUCCUAUCUUAAUACCUACCCUUACUAUAACCCUAAUUUUAACCAUAACCCUUAACUAACCCUGAACUUAACCCUGACCUAAACCAUUUUACAUUUCAACUUCAAUUGGUUAACAUCGAAGUCCCAAGGAUGCAGGAUAGCAAGGACUCCCAAAUAAUGGGCAACUGGGCAUUUUUAUACAUGACCUUAAGAAUGAUGAGAUGUUAAUUGCUUAAUUAACUCAGGAACCACACCUGUGUGGAAGCACCUGCAUUCAAUAUACUUUAUAUCCCUCAUUUACUCAAGGGUUUCCUUUAUUUUGGCAGUAUAUCAACGUCUUUGACUUAUUGUCCGUGAAAAUUGAUUAGAUGCAUUAUAUUCAACUUGGCUGUAGCAAUAUGUACAUAUUUUGGAAUCAUUUGUUUCUAUUGCACCAUUACAAUAUCUUCUCAACCUGCUUCACAACUCAAAUUAAAUUUAGCCAAUUUGAUGAAUGGAAAACCAAAAACAAGAAUGUUGUAGGAUAAUUGAUUAGGCCUAGUCUACAGACACAGGAGUAUUUGUUAUUCCAGCCAGCUCUGCUUCCCAACAUAACUAACCCAGGGGAGGAGAGGAGGAGGGGUGGAGGAGGGAGGGGAGCGGAACACAAAGCUGCUUUAUAGCUGCCUGCCAAGCAACAUAUGAUGUACAACCCCAUUUCUUCUGGAGAAAAUAUCAUAAAUUAUUCAUCCAAUCAGUUACCUAUAUUUGUCUAGAGCAGAUGCCAUCAUAUUCUUUUUGCAGCCUCUGCCUAGCACAGUGCUAUUAUACUAUAUCAGUGGUGUACCUCUGUAUCAGUGGUUCCCAACCGUCUUUGGUCACUGAACCCCCAGUCACGUUGCAACUGAUCAUUAGGCCUAUAGUCUUAAAACAAAUGUACCCCAUGUGGAAAGGCGAGGUACCCCCAAGGGCACUAGUACCUCAUGUUGAGAACCACUGCUCUAUAUGUAACUUACAGCAUGUGCCUCACUGUAAAUAACAUGUUGCAUUGUCUGUGUGUGUAUUUGACUGCACUUUGUUUUGCUGCAGUUGUAUUGUUUUUCCUUGGCUGAAUAAUGACUGAGAGGACCUUUAAUUACUUGCUUUCCCGGCACUUUUUCUGCAUUUCGCUGCACAUAAUUGAUUAUGCAUAUUUAUUUUGUUUUAACUCCAGAGAUUAGAGUGCUUAUCUAACAGGAAGGCCCACAUUAAUCACAGCACAUUAAAAAGUGUGAGUGCAGCUCUAAAAAUCUAAUUGGCUUCCAGUGUUGCGCUCGAGACCACCUAAAGCGAGACCGAUUUAAGACCAAGACCAGAGCAAAUCGAGUCCGAGUCAAGAUCAAGACCGGAGGGGGGGGGGUGGUGAGACCGAGUCAAGACUGGGAGGGGGACAAGGGGUCCAAGACCGAGUCAAGACCGAGACCAGAGAAAUGCGAGUCCAAUUCAAGACCAUGAUUGUAAUUUUGUCAAAUCUCCACUAUAAUAAGAGUUCAAAAUGUCCAGUAUUUCUGUGUUCAUAUUUCAGAAGAACAUAUGCAUUUUUUAGACAUUCAGAAUGGUGAAAAAAAAUGCAUGCUGUGGGCAAAUAGAGCCACUCUACAAAUUAUUACUAAACCAAACACAGUUGGGAACAAUGGGCCUUCUACGCUUUCAGAGAAGGGCUAAGGAUUUAUUGAAUAAUAAUAACAAUAAUAAUUAUAUUAUUCUUUUCAAUUAUGUUCUGAUUUAAUCUCUUCAGUUUUUGUUGAAAAGUGUUAACACUGAAGAGAAAAAAAUAUAAAAUCAGGAUUUUUAUUUGGUCGUCUCUGGGGCUAGCUAAGUCAGCCAUUGGCUAGGCCAUCAGAAGCUAGAUAGAAGGCAUCUGCCAUUCAACUGUAUUAGGGCAACAAUUUGGAGUGACAGUGGAAUCAACCAAUCACAUUUUGAUUUGUAAUCGAUGGGACCGUUUUUACAAAAAACUUUCUCUUCUCAAUGGCCAACAGGUCACUGCACAAUAGCAAGCAGUAGUUUUCCCACAGUCUAGCUAGCUAUCUUUUGUUGUAGGCUAAUUUGCAGCGGCUGCAGCAGGUGUUAUCAAAGAAGAUGUUGUUGCUAAUUUGUUAGAUUCUCCCUUUUCAAGAAUACAUUUCAACAAGAAGUUAACCUUUUUCUGCAGUGGGCUAAAUCAGGGUCACACAGAGUGAUUCUUGGUAGUCUUAAAUAAAUCUACUUUGAAACAAAAGUAUACACCUCACACACAUGGUUAUGGGAUUUAAAAAAUACACCGGUAUCAUGUCAGAUAUAGAGUUGAAAUGUAUUAAAUGUUUUGUUUUUUAUCCCAGUAUUACACUUUAUAUACAGUGCAUUCGGAAAGUAUUCAGAACCCUUCCCUUUUUCCAUAUUUUGUUACAUUAUAGCCUUAUUCUAAAAUUGAUUAAAUAAAAACAUUUCCUCAUCAAUCUACACACAAUACCCCAUAAUGACAAAGCGAAAACAGGUUUUUAGAAAUGUAAAAAACAGAAAUAGCUUAUUUACAUAAGUAUUCAGAUCCUUUGCUAUGAGACUCGAUAAUUGAGCUCAGGUGCAUCCUGUUUCCAUUGAUCAUCCUUGAGAUAUUUCUACAACUUGAUUGGAGUCCACCUGUGGUAAAUUCAAUUGAUUGGACAUGAUUUGGAAAGGCACACACCUGUCUAUAUAAGGUCCGAUGCAUGUCAGAGCAAAAACCAAGCCAUGAGGUCGAAGGAAUUGUCCGUAGAGCUCCGAGACAGGAUUGUGUCGAGGCACAGAUCUGGGGAAGGGUACCAAAACAUUUCUGCAGCAUUGAAGGUCCCCAAGAACACAGUGGCUUCCAUUAUUCUUAAAUGGAAGGAGUUUGGAACCACCAAGACUCUUCCUAGAGCUGAGCAAUCGGGGGAGAAGGGCCUUGGUCAGGGAGUUGACCAAGAACCCGAUGGUCACUCUGGCAGAGCUCCAGAGUUCCUCUGUGGAGAGGGGAGAACCUUCCAGAAGGACAACCAUCUCUGCAGCACUCCACCAAUCAGGCCUUUAUGGUAGAGUGGCCAAACAAAAGCCACUCCUCAGUAAAAGGCAUAUGACAGCCUGCUUGGAGUUUGCAAAAAGGCACCUAAAUGACUCUCAGACCAUGAGAAACAAGAUUCUCUGGUCUGAUGAAACCAAUAUUGAACUCUUUGGCCUGAAUGCCAAGCGUCACGUCUGGAGGAAAACUGGCACCGCUCAUCACCUGGCCAAUACCAUCCCUACGCUGAAGUAUGGUGGUGGCAGCAUCAUGCUGUGGGCAUGUUUUUCAGCGGCAUGGACUGGGAGACUAGUCAGGAUCGAGGGAAAGAUGAAUGGAGCAAAGUACAUGAAAACCUGCUCCAGAGCGCUCAGGACCUCAGACUGGGGUGAAGGUUCACCUUCCAACAGGACAACAACCCUAAGCACACAGCCAAGACAAUGCAGAGUGGCUUCGGGACAAGUCUCUGAAUGUCCUUGAGUGGCCCAGCCAGAGCCCGGACAUGAACCCGAUCUAACAUCUCUGGAGAGACCUGAAAAUUGCUGUGCAGCGACGCUCCCCAUCCAAGCUGACAGAGCUUGAGAGGAUCUGCAGAGAAGAAUGGGAGAAACUCCCCAAAUACAGGUGUGCCGAGCUUGUAGCGUCAUACCCAAGAAGACUCAAGGCUGUAAUCGCUGCCAAAGGUGCUUCAACAAAGUACUGAGUAAAGAGUCAGAAUACUUAUGUAAAUGUGAUAUUUCUUUUUCUUUUUUUUUUAUAAAUUUCAAAAAAAGUGUUUUUGCUUUGUCAUUUUGGGGUAUUGUGUGUAGCUUGCUGAGGAUGUAUAUAUUUUUAAAUCCAUUUUAGAAUAAGGCUGUAACGUACAAACAUUUGGAAAAAGUGGAAGGGUCUGAAUACUUUCCGAAUGCACUGUACAUCACAGAAGACUGAAAUAUAACAAAAAAAAUUGACAUAGAAACAACGGAUUUCCAUGGUGAAAUAAAUAAAUAAUCUUUAUUAAUUAUGAAAUGAUUAACAAUAUUAAUAACAUUCCACCCAUGAGGCCAAAGAGGGCGCUAUUGGUCAUUGACUGCAGGAAAGGGUUGUUUCAAAUUAGCAUCAUCUGGUGAGUGGAACUGUGUUUUUUGUAAUAAUAAUGUCUUAUUUUUUUGUUUUUGCUCAAUCUGAUUGGGUGGGCCUGGCAAGGCCUGGCUCCCCAGUGGGUGGGCCUCUGUCCACACAGGCCCACUCAUGUCUAUGCCCCUGAUGUAAACAGCUCAUGAUGACUGCAUUGCACAUCACAAAUAGCAUACAAACCAAGACUUCAGACUAAACUUUUUCAAUAUCUGGUUUGCAUACCCAUUGUUGCCUUAGUUAGCAUUUACUGGUAGAUAUCAUAAGUUGAAACUUCUUUCCUACCUAUUAAAUAAUAAUAUGCCAUUUUGCAGACGCUUUUAUCCAAAGCAACUUACAGUCAUGCGUGCAUACAUUUUUGUGUAUGGGUGGUCCCGGGGAUUGAACCCACUACCUUGGCGUUACAAGCGCCGUGCUCUACCAGCUGAGCUACAGAGGACCACGAUUACUUUCUUUUGUGAGCUGCUCCAUGCCAAAACCAGUUGACAGCUGCACACUCUUGCUGCCUGCAGAUUAUAUUCUGCUAAAACUAGGCUAUGUGUGCGGCGCGCAUGUGAAUAUAUUUCACGUGCUUUGCGAUUGUGUAGGCUACUUUGUGCAUGAUUUCACUAUUGUACUACAUAAUUGAUAAGUUGUAUACCUCCACUACACUACUUUUAUAAGCAUCAGUGGGGAGUAAGAAGUGAGUACACGCAAUACCCACUGAAAAACAGGUGGGUAUACGGUGUUUACCUGCAUAUAGCUUCCACUACACCACUGGCCAUUUGUGUUUUACAAAAAGUGCACUCUCCUACAUGAGUGUGCUGGUAUUACCGUUGCUGUCCUUUCAGAAUCACAAACCUGUCACACACUGAAGGCCUAGGUCCAAUAGGUUCGCCACUGCGCAAAUAUGUCAAUAGAUAGAUAUAAAGACUGUUCAGGUAUUCAGGUUUCAAGAUAGGAGGGUAUAUAUUUGGCCUGGCUAAGUGGUUUAAUGCGCUUAUUGAAUGGAAGCUGAUAAUUAUGAAUGUUUUACUCUGCUGGUCUCGUAAAGAAAUUACGAAUCCUCACUGUCCGAGACCAAGUCAAGACCGGGAAGAAAUUAGAGUCCUCACUGUCCGAGACCGAGUCAAGACCAAGUACAAAUGUAUCCGACACCAAGACAAGACCGAGACACACAAAAUGUGGUCUCGAGACCGGACUCGAGUACUACAACACUGUUGGCUUCAUUUGUCUUUGAUGUAUUUCAUUGUCUGCUCUUCCCUCCCACACUCCCUCCCAUGAAGUCAGAUAUCGGACCGCUGGCGUUCCCUCACAACCACACGGAUGCAGCAACUGUGGUGGCUUCAAGAGGGGCAGGUGGUGGUGGUGGGCUCUCUGAGGCCCCUGAUGGUUGGGGUGAUGCAGGGCCAGGGGGGCAGGCCGGGACAGGGGAUGGACCAGAGCAGUGGCCACGGAUGGAGGAUCUGGAGGGAGAGCUUGAGAAGAAGCUGGAACUCCUGGAGAAGGAGAGGAAGGCCAUGCGAAAGGAAUCCCAAAGACACAGGAAGGAGAUUGACCAGGGGAUAAACUCCCUACACCACCGCAUCGCUGGCCUGGAGGAGGGUGAGAGAAGGGGCAGAGGGUUAGGUGUAAGAGAAGAUCAAUGGUCAUGAGUGAUACUCAUACCUGAAUGAUAUUGAUUGAUAUGGUGGGGGGGGUUAAGAGUCGGGGACAUGAAACCAUAACUGAUGUACCAGAAAGGUAACUUAUUAUCAAUCUAUGAAAAUGACUUCAACAUAUUAUGAUACAGAAUAAGAAAAAAGGACAUAACAAGAAAGAAAAUCCAAGUGGAUAUACCAUAGAACAGAGAUGAGAUAUCCUGGGGGCAGGAAGGAAGUCAAUGUAGCCAUUGCAUAAACCCCCAAAGUACACUACAAAGUCCUAACAAGACAAGUCUGUUCAACAUUCCACCUACCAAAUUACCUCAUUACUCAAACACUCUUUCCCUCCCUCUCUCUUUCUCCACAUAUACCUCCUUACCCCAGGACUCUCAGAGUACCCUGAGGGCUACAAGCUGUCCUUCCCAGCGCGUACCAACUAUAUGUACGCGGUGGUGCAGCACCACAUCCCUGAGCUGUGUGCCUUCACCGUGUGCCUCUGGCUGAGACCCACCGAAGAGGGCAUCGGCACCCCUUUCUCCUACGCUGUGGCGGAGCAGCCCAACGAGCUAGUUCUGUUGCAGGGCCUGCACACCCCUGUGGAGCUGCUCAUUAACGACAAGGUAAUGGAGGAUACAGAGCAGCAGUAUUUUAGGGCACACUGAGUUAGACACAGCACAGUUUAAGCUGGAGCUAUAACAGUACCUGGGAGUUUACUGUAGAUUGAUGUCUGCGACCAAAAUGACACCCCAUUCCCUAUGUAGUGCACUACUUUUGACCAAAGCCCUGGUCAAAAGUAGUGCACUACAUAGGGAAUAGGAUACCAUUUGGGACACAGGCAAAGCACCGUUUAGGCUAGAGCUGGAUAGUGUAGAUUAGCAUGAUGUCAUUAUGGUAAUACAAUGCCUGGAAGGCAUAGAGAGCUACCUAGCUGGCUGUGUCCUUGAGGAAGUGCAGUCCGUGCCUUUGAGAAAGUAAUGCUGCGGAAAAUGUUACUGUAAUAAAAGAGCUGGAUUAAUAUAUUCCAUUUGUUUAAUUAACCACUUAAGGAUCGGACCCUUUUUUUCAAUUUUCGCCUAAAAUGACAUACCCAAAUCUAACUGCCUGUAGCUCAGGACUUGACGCAAGGAUAUACCAUUUGAAAGGAAACACUUUGGACUAUUUCGUAUCAAGUCUGCCCAAAUGUGCCGAAUUGGUCAAUUGAUACAUUUUCAAGUACAUAACUAUAAAGAACAUACAAAAAUGAUAUGGUAAUACAAAAUGUAAGUUUACACGCUCCCAGGAAUGUCAUACAUGAUGGAUCAUUAGCUUAUACACUAACUUUCACACAUCUAGAUGGCCGGGCGGGGUGGGUGUGGAGCCAGAGACAGCAGGGGUUCAAACUGUAGAACCCAGUUCCCACAUUUGAAUAUAACAAUUUAUUUUAUCAAGCAAAACUAUGCUACAUUGUAUCUCUGGGACCCUUAGGAUGACAAAUCAGAGCAAGAUUACUGAAUGUAAGUACAUUAUUUACCUUCAGAGGUGAAUGUAUCAAACCAGUUGACGUGAUAAGUUUUUUGUUGUUGUGCACUCUCCUCAAACAAUAGCAUGGUAUUUUUUCACUGUAAUAGCUACUGUAAAUUGGACAGUGCAGUUAGGUUAACAAUAAUUCAAGCUUUCUGCCCAUGUAAGACAUGUCUAUGUCCUGGAGAGUUUGCUGUUACUUACAACAGUCAUGCUAAUCACAUUAGCGCACCUUAGCUCAACCGUCCCGUAUGAGGGACACCGAUUCCGUAGAGGUUAAUGUCUCCAUACAGUGUGUUGAACAGCAAGAUACCAGCACUUAAAUAGCACAAUAUUUUAUCUAAUAUAAUAUUGAGUUUUAGUCUAGGAUAUUCUGUACAACACAUGGUUUAGGGUCAGUACAGAGAACCACUUCGUCAUAUGAUUGAUUGUCCAUUGAUUUGUUGUUGUUGCCAUCUUAAAUACUUCAUUUGCAGUCUAAUAUAGUCUGCAGUAUCACUGCAUUACCUGCACUAUAACACUUACACUCAUACUCACCCGCACUGUUGUCCUCCCACCCCUAGGUGGCGCAGUUACCUCUGAACCUGUCCCGGGGUAGCUGGCACCACAUCUGUGUGAGCUGGAGCCAGAGAGGCGGGGCGUGGCAAGCCUACCAGGGGGGCAAGCUGAGAGGAGAGGGGCAGGGCCUGGCAGCCUGGCACCACAUCAGGCCUGGAGGAGUCCUCAUCCUGGGGCAGGAACAGGUAAGACCUGGAGGGGUUGGUAUUUUGGUGAGGUCAGGAGUGGUGGGUUGAAGAGACAGCAAUGGCAUAGACCUAUAGGGGGUUGUUGUUUUUAAAGGACAGCGUAUUUGAUUGUUUAUUGAGAUAUAGACACAGGGAUGAAAAGAGAGGGGCCAAGUGAGAGGAACAUGCAGAGUUGAAGUGGGGGACUUGAGCAUGAAACCCCGGUCUCUCAGGGCAAUGCCAAGUCCGGAGUUACCACUAGAACAAACUCUGACACAUCUCUUCCUCUUUUCACCUCUUUCACUCCUCCACCUCCUUCUGCCUGUAGGACACUCUGGGCGGGCGUUUCGACUCGUCCCAGGCUCUGGUGGGGGAGCUAUCCCAGUGGAACGUAUGGGAGCGGGUCCUUACCCCCAGCGAGGUGUCCAUACUGGCCCACUGCAGCCAGCACGGCCCCCAGCCAAAGGGUAACGUGGCCCCCUGGACCAACCAGGAAGUGGAGGUGUUCGGAGGAGCCACCAAGGUGCCCAGGGAGCCCUGCGCUGCCAAACGCACCAACACCCCACUGUGA